GGCUUCAGAAUAAAUGUCAGCCGAGAGACGUAUUCUAACACGGCUGCCGUGUCGGAUGUUUUCCUAUGAGUACCAUCUCCAACCUGGGGUUAUGCCCGUUUAAAGGGUUUCAGAGGAGGGCUGUGAUAUGGAACUCAACCGAAUUAGAUUUUAAACUUCCUCACUACAUUGUCGGGUACUUUGCUUGUGCCUUUAUUUUGAAAACAUGGGAACGGAAGAACAAAUCUACGUUUGCUAACUAUUACGAAGAUCAUUCAUACUUCUCCAGGAGAUAGUGUGGGAAAAGUAACAACCAACGUUACCUUGGUUAGUGAUAAACAAGUCCUAGCUAGUGUUGGGCAACCUCUUCAAGAGAGACUGGUCGACAUGAUCCUCUCUCGCGUGAAGCCAGCCGUCGGGGGAGAGACACCGGUGAGCAUCAGUGAGAAAAAGAAGAAAAACCAGACGAAGGUUCCCCCCUUGGAGGACUACCUGCAACAGAGAGACUACCUGGGGGCGUUUACGCUGUUAGAGUUCCAGAGAAAUAUUGGCGAGAAAGAGGAGCAUGCAGACCUCUGGAUUGGCUACUGUGCCUUUCACUUGGGUGAUUACAAGAGAGCUAUGGAGGAGUACAAGUCUCUGACCAUGAAGCCUGAAUGCCCCGCUGAGGUGUGGGUGUUUCUGGCUUGUGCACUGUUUUUACUGGGGCUCUAUAAAGAGGCUGAGGAGGCUGCAUCUAAGGCGCCAAUGUCCCCCCUCCAAAACAGACUACUCUUCCACUUGGCUCAUAAGUUCAACGAUGAGAAGAAGCUGAUGGGUUCCCACCAGAACCUGGAGGAUGUGACAGAGGACCAGCUGAGCCUGGCAUCCAUCCACUACAUGCGCUCCCACUACCAGGAGGCCAUCGACAUCUAUAAACGUCUCCUACUGCAGAACAGAGACUUCCUCGCUCUGAAGGUCUACGUGGCUCUGUGUUACUACAAGCUGGACUACUACGACGUGUCCCAGGAGGUGUUGGCUGUGUACCUGCAGAGCAUGCCAGACUCCACUAUUGCCCUCAACCUCAAGGCCUGCAACCACUUCCGGCUCUACAAUGGCAAGGCCGCUGAGGCUGAGUUAAAGAACCUAAUCGACAUCUCCUCCUGCUCCUUCGAGUUCGCUAAGGAGCUUAUCCGACACAACCUGGUGGUGUUUCGUGGUGGGGAGGGGGCGUUGCAGGUGCUGCCUCCUCUGGUCGAUGUGAUCCCUGAGGCCAGACUCAACCUGGUCAUCUACAACCUCCGACAAGAUGAUGUCCUGGAAGCUUACAACCUCAUUCAGGACUUGGUGCCCACAACCCCCCAGGAGUAUAUUUUGAAAGGAGUGGUGAACGCAGCGUUGGGACAAGGAAUUGGAUCAAGGGAUCACCUGAAAAUCGCCCAGCAGUUCUUUCAGUUGGUCGGAGGCUCGGCCAGCGAAUGCGACACUAUUCCUGGCAGACAAUGCAUGGCCUCCUGCUUCUUCCUCUUGAGAAAGUUUGAAGAUGUUCUCAUAUAUCUCAACUCAGUCAAGGGUUACUUCUAUAAUGAUGAUACAUUCAACUUCAACUAUGCUCAGGCUAAAGCAGCCCUUGGCAACUACAAAGAAGCAGAAGAGGUAUUUCUGCUGAUUCAGAAUGAAAAGAUCAAGAACGACUAUGUUUACCUCAGCUGGCUGGCACGAUGCUACAUAAUGAACCAGAGAGGUCGGCUUGCCUGGGAGCUCUAUCUGAAGAUGGGCACUUCCUCCGAGUCCUUCAGUCUGCUGCAGCUCAUCGCCAACGACUGCUACAAGAUGGGUCAGUUCUACUACGCAGCUAAAGCGUUUGAUGCACUGGAGAAACUGGACCCAGAAUCCAACUACUGGGAGGGCAAGCGAGGGGCUUGUGUCGGCAUCUUCCAGCUCAUACUGGCAAACAAGGAGUCCAAGGAGACACUGAAAGAGGUGUUGUCUCUGCUACGAAAUUCAGGAAACCCCCAGGUUGAAUACAUCAUCCGAGCCCUGAGGAAGUGGGCCAAAGACAACAGAGUGCUCCUCUCAUGAGAGCUGUGGGUACUGAACUCCAGGUCCCUCCAUCAAGAGUAGCUUCAUUAUGCAGAUUACAUUGUAUGAAUGAUAUUUAUACUCCGUGAAAAAAUAUGAAACUAUUAUCUGCCACAUAAAAAUAUGUACGUUUUGAAAUGCAAUUCUCUAUAUAUUUGUAUUAAAAUGUAACUUAAAUGAA